UUAUUUCUGAAAAAUAAAGAUGGCGGCUAAUACUGACAGUUCCGACGACUCACUUUAUCCCAUUGCAGUGCUUAUUGAUGAGCUUAGAAACGAAGAUGUUCAACUACGUUUGAACAGUGUCAAAAAAUUGUCAACAAUAGCACUGGCACUUGGUGUGGAAAGGACUAGAAAUGAACUUAUACCAUUUCUCACAGAUGCUAUAUAUGAUGAGGAUGAGGUUCUUUUGGCCCUUGCUGAGCAAUUGGGCACAUUCACACCCUUAGUGGGAGGACCUGAGUUUGUACACUGUCUUCUGCCACCAUUGGAAAGCUUAGCCACCGUAGAGGAGACAGUUGUACGUGACAAAGCAGUAGAGUCUCUACGUAAGAUUGCUGAUCUACACUCAAAACAAGAUCUUGAACAGCAUCUCGUAGGAAUAGUGAAAAAACUUGCCCAGGGGGAUUGGUUUACGUCUAGGACAUCAGCAUGUGGCUUGUUCUCUGUGUGCUACGCUAGAGUGUCACCCUCUGUACAAGCUGAAUUGAGGCAGCAAUUCCGUACACUCUGUGGAGAUGAUACUCCAAUGGUGCGAAGAGCUGCAGCAGGAAAGCUGGGAGAGUUUGCAAAAGUAGCUGAGAUGGAACAGUUAAAGUCUGAUAUCAUACCUCUCUUUAAAACCCUUUCACAAGAUGAACAGGACUCUGUUAGAUUGCUAGCAGUCGAGGCAUGUGUCAGUAUUGCAUCUCUACUCCCUUCAGAAGACACAGAAACCCUAAUUAUGCCCGCUUUAAGAAAUGCUGUUGCAGACAAGUCAUGGAGAGUAAGAUACAUGGUUGCAGAUAAAUUCACAGAGUUACAAAAUGCAGUUGGUCCUGAAAUAACUAAAAACGAUCUUGUCCCUGCUUUCGAAAGUCUUCUCAAAGAUUGUGAAGCUGAAGUGAGGGCUGCAUCCGCACAUAAAGUUAAAGAAUUUUGUGAAAAGUUAUCACCUGAUGUAAGGGAACAAGCUAUCAUGACAAAUGUGCUACCUUGUGUAAAGGAUCUAGUAGUUGACCCUAAUCAACAUGUUAAAUCUGCACUUGCAUCAGUCAUAAUGGGAAUAUCCCCAAUGUUAGGAAAAGAUAACACUAUUGAACACUUACUACCUUUAUUUUUAACACAACUGAAAGACGAAUUUCCAGAUGUUAGGCUGAAUAUUAUAUCCAACUUAGACUGUGUAAAUCAAGUUAUAGGAAUACACCAAUUAUCUCAAAGUUUACUGCCUGCUAUAAUAGAGUUAGCUGAAGAUUCAAAAUGGCGAGUGCGACUAGCUAUUAUUGAGUAUAUGCCCCUGUUAGCUGGCCAACUAGGGGUGGCAUUCUUUGAUGAGAAGCUCAACUCUCUCUGUAUGUCAUGGCUUGUGGAUCAUGUGUUUGCUAUCCGUGAGGCUGCCGCAAAGAACCUGAAGAAUCUUGUCGAGAAAUUUGGCACUGAGUGGGCUCAAAGUACCAUCAUCCCCAAAGUACUAGCAAUGGCUAAAGACAGCAACUACUUACAUAGGAUGACCACACUCUUCUGUAUAAAUAUGCUUUGUGAGGCAACUGGCCCAGAAAUUAACUCAAGGUUGAUGCUCCCCACUGUUGUGUCAUUAGCCAAAGAUUCAGUGCCCAACGUACGGUUUAACGUUGCCAAAACUAUCCAGAAAUUGAGUUCGGGUUUAGAUCAGAGUGCUCUCAAGGACGCGGUUUUACCUUGCUUGACGCAACUCCAGGGAGAUUCAGAUGUUGAUGUAAAGUAUUUUGCAGAAGAGGCGUUGACAGGAUUGAAACUAAGCUCAUAAGGAAGAACGAAUUUCUAGGUGCGACUGUAGUAUAUUAAAGGACCUGCUGUACAUAGUAUAAACAAACACAGAUUAAAUAUGUCUCAUGUACCUUACACAUAAAACAGAAACAUUGACUGAGUGGAUGUCCUGAUUCAAAAUAAAAUCCAGCAUCCUUACAUGAGGCUGAUGAAAAGAAUACUUAAAAUAAAGUCAAUUGGUUUCAAAAGAGAGUCUUGUAUGUAAGUUUGGAUUGAUAAAACAAGAAGUAAUGUCUGAAUGUGUUCUUGAACACCAAAUAUUGCACCACUUGAGAGGUAACAUUUAUGAUAAGGUAUAAGCAAUUCAGGAACUCUAAAACAACUUCUCAAUCUCAUCCCCCAAAACAUAAGAGGAAUUGAUGCUUAACAUUGGAUAUACAGCAAAAUUCAGUAUUUUAUGAAUAAGAAUAAUCCAUUGAACAACCUGUGUUAGAUCAAAAUGAUAAUGUAACUUAACUGCAGGGCAGUUGAUGCCUCUUGUUCUGAUUUUAAGACUCGAUUGUUCAUGAGAGCAGGUGUACUACCAUUUCAAUGCAUUAACAUUCAACUCAACUGUCUUCAAAAUGUCUAAACGUUUUGCAGUUCUUUCUACACUUAACCCAUUUCUCUUCAUAAUACAUUGACAAAAUAUUAAUGAAAUUUUAUAUGGACUUCUUAUUUUCUCAAUGGCCUUUGAACAUGUUAAAAGUAAACUCAGCCACCCCAACUAAUAGGUUAAGUGUAUAAGUUGGUGUAAAACAUAUAUGGCACCCAAGUUAGUCAUGAUAAAAUGUUGUUUUUACUUCCAUAUAGUAUUAAAUCAGUUACUUUUUGUAUGUAUUAUAAUAUGUAAUGUUAUGAUGUUUGUCAAGUUGAACACAAUAAUCGUAGAAGUUAUUUAUUUAUAUGUUUUAUAACUUUCACUUUUAGUUUGUCAUAUCAUUGAAUAAAUAAUGAAUUCCUUAAACUUUGAGAUCAAUUUUUGGUUGAUCAGUUUUGAAAUGUCCAAAGAAGUAACCUAUCAAGUUAUGUGUUGUCUACCUGUUUGUUCCAAAGUAACAUAUGAUGUAAAUCACAAUAUUGUACAUACAUUACAUGAUUUCAUUCAGACACAGCUUUGUGAACAACAUUGACAUACAAAAGUCAAAUAAUUUCCACUGAACUGUAUGACGUGUAUCAUUGAUUGUAUAGUUGUAAACAUGAGACGAAACAAAUAAAUCAUGACUAUUUAUAGAGAUAGUAAUCUAAGAUUA